GGAACCGCAUUGUUCAAAAACGAAAAGCAGUCUGGUGAAAUAUUCCAGGGCGAAGUGCGUUAGCUUCAUGUUCAGGUAGCUCAGAGUGAUAUUCCAGGUUUUCGCGUCAGUUGUCCAGUUUCGAGUGCUGGGGACUUUAUCGGGAUAACAAGGACUUUGAGCCGCGUGAUAUAUUUUAGGUAAGUGGAGAACACCUCGCUGUUUCAUUUAGAUAUUUAAUUCAAUUCGUCACAUGAACAUGAAAAUUAAACUUACACCGGGAAUUAAACUCUGUUUCACCAAACUCUUUCACAAGAACAACAGUACCGUCGUGGUAUUAAGUUUGAAGGGAAGUUUAAAACUAAAGACACAGCGUUAACUUUUCCUCGACCUUCAACUAUUACCGGACAGACCUGACCAAACAACUGUGCCUCGCGCUAAAGUCAUGCGUUAACAACUUCUCUCGAGCUCAUAUGCGCGAGGACUUCUUGUCCAACCUUGGCUUUACCUGGUUACCUACUGAAAUGUUAAAAAGCGCCUAAACAGAUACAUUAAGAUUCUUUAAGUUGUUUAAAGUGAGUCACAAUUUGAAGUGAAGUUUGGUCCAGUAUGGUGUCAGCACAGCCGCAGGAAGUAAGUAAGAAAACUUUAUUUGUGUAUCACUUUUCACAGACAAAAAGUCUCAAAGUUCUUCACAUAGACAAAAAUAAAAAUGUACAUACAAAUUAAAAGGCCAAGAUAACAACAUUAAACAGUCAUAGCAGCCCCAAAACAAUGAAACAAAAGCCUGAGCAAAUAAGUUUUGAGUUAGCUUUUAAAGGAGUCAACAGAGACCAGAGCAAGCUGAAAGGUUACUGGUAAAGUCUUGUCAUCUGUUGAUCAUUGUGUUGAUCAUACAUAUGCCUCUCCUUUUCUCAAAAAAUCCAACAUAGAGCACCUUCUGUAGGAGGUGUGGUCUGGAGAAACUGGAGUGUGGUUUCACUGGUUUGUGUCAAUAUUAGCAACUGAAAGAAAAGACGUCUGUAGGAUAAAAUGAUUCAGAUAUGUUUGUGAAGGAGUGACAAGGCUUUUUUAAUGUAUAUCUCAUCAAUAAUUUAUUUCUAUUAUAUACUGUGACUAACUAUGAGAUGGCUUUGAUACCAACUUUAGAUACCACAGAUAGGUUUAAAGUGUAUUUAAAUGAUUUCCCACUCAUCAAGACUUCUUACUUCACUAUGACAGAUAAGCAUGGCGCUGUCUCUGUCCUCCCCGUGUGGAUACACCUACGAUGAGGAUGAGGAGAUUGCUGUGUUUGAGUCUACAGCUGCAGAGUUUGGAGGCCCACCCAGACCACGUCUACCAGAGAUCUCUGUCAUUUCGCCUGGCCUGGAUAGGCAUCCAUCCGCUACAGUCUCGGUGAGAUGCAAGAGAAGUUUUUGUGUUCACAUGAACCGUGAUGGAGUUAUGUUGUCCUCACAUUAAUUAUCACUGUUUGUGUAUCUUUAAGAUGGAACAAUUGCUCUGUUUUCCCUCCUGAUUAUUUGUUUCUUAAAAAGUUUAUUGUUAAAUGUGUCUCCUGUGCUUCCAGAAACUAGCAGUGAAAUCUGCAGCACAGAGACAGGAGAGCUGUGAUGAAGGGAGCGUAGAGAGGGUGAAAGUGUUUCUUCGCAUUCGUCCACUCGCUGAGGCAGAGAGGGACAAGGGAGAAGAACAGGUAAGACUACAAGAUCAACAAUAGAGCCAUUUACAUCUCAUGUGCGCUCUCUGCUUUUAGUGCACCUGUUGUCUGAGCUCAAUAUCCAUUUAUUUUUUUUAAGGGGUGUGUGGCAGUCCAAGAUGAAGAGACUCUGCUGCUUAAAGCUCCAAAAGAAUCCCAGAAUAUGAGGACCGCAGAGAGAGGGAUCACCCAAAGCAUGCAUAAGUUCAGUUUCUCAAAGGUAAUGAAGUCACCUGUGAAUGGUGUUAAAAUAUUUGUUGCCUUAAGGACUUGAAUGAAGAUUUUUAAAAAAUUUUAUUGUUUAUGACAAGACAUUUCUAUCAGGGAUAUGAACCCCCCACAACCUGAGAAUGUGAUCCAUUAUCAUGGAGUUAAAGGUCAAAUGAAACAAGCUGCUCGAUUAAAUAAGUAGAAAUUCAGAGUAUCUGCAGACUGAAGUGCAAAUGUGUGUCAUUACCAAGCUUGAGCACCACCUGUUGUUUCAAUGACAACAGUGAGCCUCGUCAUUGCUCAUGUUUAUUAGCAGGCUUGUGAUCAAAGCAAUAACCAUCCCCCUCCUCCUCUCUUUAUAAUUGUGGUUGUAUUACUCUGUCACUAAAACUUUCCUGCUACCACCCAGUUUAUCAUGAUUUACAUUCCAUUAAAACAUGACAACAACUCUUGGUUGCACAAACUGUACUGUCUGACAGGAAAAGACAUUUUGAGUCAUAAUGAAGUUUAAUUUUCUUUGCCUCUCCAAAUUUGUGUUUUUAUCUAUGACCAAUCUCAAGUCUGAUUUAUUGCUAGUAAAUACGGGCUGAUUGAUGCUUAAAGUGUGCAGUGGUGCAAAAAAUAAAGUAGUGCUGAGGUGAAACUCUUAUUCUGCUGUAUGUUUUUUUUUUUUAUGGUCCAUGUGCAGUGUUGCCCUGGAUCCUUAAAAGCUUUAGAGGACCCCUGAUAUACUGAUGUUUACACAUCUUCCUUCUUUCACAGAUUUUUGGCCCUGAGACCACACAGCAGCUGUUUUAUGAAAGCACAAUGAAGCAGAUGGUGAAAGAUGUGCUUCAAGGACAAAAUAGACUCCUCUACACUUACGGUGUCACCAACUCAGGGAAGACCUACACCAUCCAGGGUAGGUUUUCUUUUUCCUUCUUUGCUUGUCUGUUUCUCAGAAAAAUCUGUAAAUAUUUUGUACAACUUUGCCAAAUGAACAAAUAUGCUGAUAUUUUAUAAAAAAUCAAACUGCUCAAAUCUUGACCCAUAGGCAGUGGUCGAGAAGCUGGCCUGCUGCCUCGGGCUUUGGCGACUCUGUUCAGAAAACUGCAGGGUCGCCUCUAUGGUGCCAUGGACCUGAAGCCUGUCAUGUGUCAGGAUGUGAGACAGCUCGACUCCGGUGAGGUCAGGGCGGAGGAAAUCCGCAGAAACUCUCUGCUCAAAGAGGUAAACAGCUCUCAAGGAUCUUUUUAAAAGAUGAAAACUGUCGUCUCUAUUUCCUGCAGAGUCGCACUGAGUACUGCAAAGUUUCCAUCAAUAGUGUGUGUAGUGGUUUAUAUCUGCUGUUGCAAAAUGUCAUUUCAAUACCCCAUUUUGAUUGUGCAAAAUUGUGAAGACAAUAAGAGUGCUAAACAUGAAACAGAAAACGAAAAAUAGCGUUGGGGGGCACCGAUCAAUCAUAGUUAUCAGAUAUGCAGUAAGCUUGGUGGCUGUUACACAAACAGACAAAAUUAUGCAAUAGGGAACAGAGGAACAAAAAAGAAGAAAGAAAAAAAACACAAAACAAUCAUAAUUCAAGUUUAAAAAUACUAAAACCGAAAGUGGAAGAGAGUAAGAAAAACACAGGAAAAGAUGUGUUCUGCUCUACAGCCUUGAGAGUAAAAGAAGAAUAACAGGGGUUUAUCAGAGAAGAGGUAGAUUGGGGACUUUCUGUUCCUGGACCCAUGUAUGAAGUCUGUCUCAAUGUGGCGGUCCCAGUGCAACCAAGCUCUAAACUCUUAAAUAAAUAAAAUCCUCCAGCACUUCUUACUUAUUCCAUAUACCUGCUCAAUGGGUAAAGGACAAUUUCAAAGCUAUUUAUGCAAGCUUUCAAAACUGUGUUAAAUAAAUAAAUAAAGUCAUCCCUUGUGACAGAUCUGAGCUGAUCUCUCGUCUGUUUCAGGAUGAGAAUCAGACAUCUCGUCGAGGUGGUACCACCACAAUCUGGGACAGUGGUGUUGGAGGACUUUCCUCAACAUGCAACAUUGCCACACAGCUUGAAGGUAAGAUGGACAGUGUGGGGUUUGAGUGGGUAGGCAGUAUAUUUUCUUAAUUUUGGAAAUCCAAAUGCCGUUUGUUAAUGUAUGACUGUGAUGGUUUGAUAGCAUUCACAGCACAUGUUGUGGCGAAGGAGUCUGAGGAGUUAAAAUCGCAGCAAUUGUAGAUAAUUACUCCUGAACUCUCCCCCGCCACAUUAUAAUAAUCAAUUGUAAUCAUUGUCAUCACACAUUUUCUUUGUCUGCUCCCCCUGUGCAGACACAGACAGUGUUUGUCUGGAGCCCGACAGCCUUUCACACAGCGGAGGAGAUGACCUGGAGGAAGGAGUGCAGUUUUCUCUCUGGGUGUCCUUCUAUGAAAUCUACAAUGAGUUUCUAUAUGACCUGCUGGAUGCUUCACCUUCCCUGCAGCCCAGGAAAAGGGUCACACUGCGCCUUAGUGACGACAAACAUGGCAACCCCUACGUGAAAGGUGAUUUGUGCUUGUUCACAAAAAAGAUGUUUAAAGAGCAAGACGCUGUUUCAUUACCAGCAUUUGAAUCUGUUAAAUCAGAGUCCAAGUAUGCAGCUACCUUUGACUGAUGCAUUUGACAAAGCAGGAUUGAAAAAAUGCUGACUAUAAAGGAAGACAAAAAUUCUUUGAACUGCAUGUUUGCUUUUAAAAAGAUCUGCAAUAACAUCAUCAGGAAUACUUCACAGAUUUUCAACAGCUUUAUUAAUUCAUACAUUGUUGUUGCUGCUUCUACCUUAUAUUUUUCCUUUAGACCUCACCUGGAUCCAGGUCAGCAGCGCAGAGGAAGCGUGGAGGAUUCUGAGGGCUGGGCGCCGAAACCAGAGCUUUGCCAGUACUCACCUCAACCACAACUCCAGCCGCAGGUACUAACACAUUCAAACUUUUCCCUUUGGACUUUAUAGGUCUUUUUAUAUUUGUGUUUCUGAUCAUAAAGUUUUCUCUUAUACAGCCACAGCAUUUUCUCUAUCCGUGUCCUGCACGUUCGCCCGGAUGCAGAUUCAGGCAUGGCCAUGCACACCAGCGAGUAAGUUAGUCCCAUAAAUAAAAACAAGAAAUCUAAGUGUGGAAUAUUGAUGGACUAACCAAUACUGUAUUUUUUACUGUGCCCUCUUUAGACUGACGGUGUGUGAUCUGGCGGGGUCUGAGCGCUGUAAGGAGCAGCGUAAUGGUGAGAGGAUGAAGGAGGCCAACAACAUCAACACCUCUCUCUUAACCCUGGGCCGCUGCAUCACUGCUCUGAGACACAACCAGAACAACAAGUAAUAAUAAGUUUACUCAUACAGUUCAGCUCUUGUGAUGCUCCCCUCGUAGUUGUUUUUGUGUUUUCUUUACAAUAUAAAAUUCUUUCAUAUCCAAACAAGUUUAUUUGUAAGUUCAUGUAAGAGAUGGAGCCAUUCUUUUAAAGCUUUUUAAUAUUCAUGUAGGUCAAAACCUCCACAAGUGGUGCCAUUCAGAGACAGCAAACUAACCCGGGUCCUGCAGGGCUUCUUCUGCGGCCGAGGAACAUCCAGCAUGGUGGUCAACAUCAAUCCAUGCGCCUCCAUCUAUGACGAGACCCUCCAAGCCCUCAAAUUCUCAGCUAUUGCUACUCAAGUAAGAAAAAAAGGAACAUUUCUUGUCUCAAUUUCUAACGUGUGAUUUUUAGAGCAACAGAUGAACUAAAAUAUUCCUCAUAUCUUUCUCAGCUGGUCCAUGGCCCAUCCACGAAGACCAGAGUGGCCUACAUCCUGUCCCUGCUGCGGGAGCCUUCAGCACAUGCUAAUGACAGCACGUUGCUAGAAGAGGAGGAGGAGGAGGAUAUGGAUGAAAGUUGUGUUGAAGAUGGAGAUAUCACUAUGCUGAACACUGAGGUAACAUCCUCUGGCAUGUUAUUUGAAAACUUAAUAAUGAAGGUGAAUGCCCAGAGACCUCAUUGGAGAAAAUUUAGUGUAUAGAUAUUGAGUAAGCUAAAUGUUAAGCAGUCGCAAAUGAACACUUUAUGCAUUCCUAACAGCUCACUGAACUUUCAGGCUCUGCUGCAGGCCAUUGAUGUGUUAAAGAGAGAGGUGCAGCGCCAGCGGGAGGAGAAAGAGGUUCUUGAGGCGAAUGUGAGAGAGCAGGUGGUCUCCGAGAUGAUGGAGGUCAUCACUGGGAUGCAGGAUGGCUUCAGGUGUGUCUGCUAGGUUUAGUCAACGGUUUUGGGUUUUGUAGUAUGCCUUUAACACCACCUAUAGUGCAAGAAGUUUGGAGUUUUCUGAGCAAAGACUGGAGUUUGACACGAAAGCAGGUACUGAGUUGUGAUGUCCUCUUGAUCUCCAGUGAGACCCUGGAGGCAGAGAGAGCUCUGAUCGAGCAGCGAUACGAAGACAAGAUUACCAACGUGCAAAAACAUCUGAAGAAAUUCUACAGCCAAGAAUUACAGGUAAAGACUAAACCACCAACAGCUCAGGCUGAUGAGAUUUUCCUCAAACUGCUUUUAAAAAUCUGUGCUAAACUUAUUUUUGUAAUGCUGUUGAUGCAUUUUAGCCGGGAUGUUAAUACAAUUUUGUUUUUCAUCCCAAUUUAAGGAGCGGGAUCAAGAGAUUGAAGCUUUGUCUGCCGCUCUUGAAAAGACAAAACAAACCGGGACGGUCCCUGUGCCAGCGCCACAGAUUGACUACGAGGGUCCUCGACGGUCUCAGCGCCUCAAUAAUCAGUCAGAAAUCAGCAGACUUCAGGUUAAUCUUGACCAGUGUCGUGCUGACCUGCUCUCAAAGACUCAAGGUAAGUCACAAUAUCAAAGGGCUCACUGUGGUUGUAUUACCAGGUGAGUUAUCGUUAUUGGUCUUUAACUGUCUUCUUCUAUUGCCUUUGCAGAGCUCAUGAGGCUGAAGCUCCUGCUCGAAGUCCCAGGACCGACAGGCACCCUCACCUCCACUGUUGACAGAAAGCUAGAGGAGGGUCAGAGGGUCAGUCACCUGCUGCAUUAUUUGGAUUGCAUUACUGUUUUUUUUUCAUCCUCCAGAAAGAUUAAAGGUCAAACUUUUACCUACAGAACCUGCGCCAGCUGCGCCUGGAUCUGCAGAGGCUUGGCUUGGACCUGCAGUCCGGUGAGCGAGCCUGCUGUCGCAACACAGGAGGGGAGAGGCUGCGCCAGGCUCUAACAGCUGCAGAUGAGACACUUGUCAAACAGGUAAAUCAUACGAAUUAAUGAAUUUAUCUUUACCCAAAAUAAUGUAAAAAGCUGUGAGUUGAGGUGAUGUGUGAGCAAGGAGGCAUAUGAAUCUAAAAUCUGACUGCUAGAUAUCCCUUAAUAUUUCCAUUUCUACGCAUUGUACCUUUAAAUUUAAAACAUCAGACUCCAGUUGACCUGUCUAGAAGUCUGAUCUUAGUCUUCUAUGAGGUUGACUAUUUGAGAUUUGAGGUUUGCUUUCAGUAGCUGAAUCUAAGCAGAAAAACAUAAAAUGUUAAAGUCUCAAAGUUAAAUUCUCAAUAAAAUACUCUUGUUUUCUCCCCCUCUACUCUCUUCACUAACUAUACUGAUGCACAGGCAGCUAUUGAACUAAAACAGAGUUUCUAACAUCUGCACUAGGUAGUUUCGGUGCAAAGGCAUGUUUUCAAGAGUCUUCCUCACCUCACCCUCACUCCUCCUCCUCCUGCGGUCUCUUCUAACCCUGUCCACUGACCUCUUCUCAGGACCAAAUCCUUGUGGAGCUUCAGAACAGCCUGAUGCUUGUUAAAGCUGACUUAAGGCGGAAAGCAGAAACCCUGGCUCAGACACAAGUCAUCCGACCUCAGCUGCCCCCACCGGGCUCCGCCCCCUCCACCGCUCCAGGAUCUUGCAAGAAGAGAGGUUGUGCGGCUGCUGGGCCGAGUGAAACAGAGAACAGACCUCCACAAAAACGCUUCUUCCAUUCCCUGUUCCCGACACGCACCCCAACACGUAAAUACAACACUCGCGCGUGCCAGGAAGCAAACACUCCUUACAACCAGAUCCUCAGGUCUCGCCAGCCGUCACCUCCUCCCAGCCCUCUCCUCACCCCUUGCAAUCUCAGGGGGAAGUACUAAGCUGCUCUAAGUUUCACCGGGAGUCUGUCCAUUUUUAUAUUAUGCAAAAGUAGGUUUCAGUCGCUGAUGGCUUUAUCGUGGUUUAUACAUUUGUUUGUAUUCACUUUUUGCUGUGUUAUGAACCAAAUAGUUAUGACACUCAUGCCAAACAUUUCUGCUUUAAGCAGGGUUGUGGCGUUCUCGUUGGAGAACUGAUGUGCUCUUGAUGUGCUCAGUGGUUAGUUUGACAGUUUGACUGUAUGGUUAAAAAACGUCUGCUUGUCUGCGUCUCUUCUCUCUACCUUCACUGUAAAUAUUUUUGUUUUCCUCUAUAAAAUCUGAAAACACUUUGUAUUAUUUAGUGCUUUUGAUUUGCACCUUUUAAAAGAUUUCUUUCAUAGUAAAGUUAUGUAAACCGCUGCAGGGGUUUUGUGCAUUGUGCAACAUGAAUAUAUGUAAUAGGUAUGCUGUUUUUUCUACAAGGCUAUUCAUAUAUACAUAAAGCUGAGGCAUAACUCUACGACUAUAGGCUUAA